ACGUCACUCGGAGCCGAACCGAGCCGGACGGACCCGAACGUUCUCGCGGGCACGUAAUGUACAAACCCAAACCUCCUACGGUUUAGUUUUAGCGAAACAAAUAAUAUAAAGCGGGUGAGUUAACGGAAAACACUGUUUCAAUCUACUUAACGGUUAUUUUCUCUAAACGCAUUGAACGUUUCUUCGGUUUUCGUGCUGCUGUGGUACAGGGGGCGUGCCGUGACCCCUCCAUGGGUAAUGCAGACCGCUAUUCCAGGAAAGUAAACACACCAUUCCGCCAAGAUGGCCCCUCUGUCGGUGUUUCGAGUGGCUCUGCUGGUGUCAUUUUCUGUGUUCCUGACCGUGGUGCUGGGCUUCGGGCUGCCUGCUCUGCUGAACGCGGCCAUGAGGAUGUUGGGUUUACCGGAGACCAGCGUGACCGAGUGCAUAGUUGUGCUCUAUGUAGUUUUUGUGCUGUACGUAGCGACGCCUCGUAUUCCCAGAGGACUGGUGGAGGUCAAAGGGAAAGCUGUGUUCAUUACAGGCUGUGACAGUGGCUUCGGUAAUGCACUUGCCAAACAUCUGCACAAGCUCGGCUUCACAGUCUUUGCUGGGUGUUUUCUGAAGGAUAAAGGUGGAGAAGGUGCGAAGGAGCUUGAGGAGUUUCACUCAGAUCGCAUGAAGGUGGUCCAGCUGGACGUCUGCAGUGAAGAGCAGGUGAACAAGGCCGUGGAAUUCAUCAAGGACAACUUGGAGGACUCAGAAAAGGGUCUGUGGGCUGUGGUGAACAACGCCGGUGUGUCAACGUUUGGAGAAGUGGAAUUCACCUCCAUGGACACCUACAAGCAGGUUUCAGAGGUCAACCUGUGGGGCACCAUCAGGGUCACCAAAGCCGUUCUGCCGUUAAUCCGCAGGGCGAAAGGCCGCGUUGUGAACCUGGCCAGUAUGUACGGGAGGAUGGGAAAUGCGAUGCGAUCACCGUACUGUGUGUCUAAAUACGGCGUGGAAGCUUUUUCUGACUGCCUUCGCUACGAGAUGAAGACCUGGGGAGUAAAAGUGUCCAUAAUCGAACCGGGCAACUUCAUCGUGGCCACCGGCAUCAUGACCCGUGACAUUGUGGCCACCACGGCCAACAAGCUGUGGAACGAGGCGCCUUCCAACGUGAAGGAGGAUUACGGGAAAGCCCACUUUGAGCAGCACAUGGCCCUGAUGCGCUCCUACUGCAACAGCGGACAGAGAGAUAUGGCCCCCGUUCUGGACGACAUCACCGACGCUAUCAUGUCAAAGCGCCCCUACACAAGAUACCACCCCAUGGAGCCCCACUGGUGGAUCAGAGUGCAGGUGAUGACACAUCUGCCGGGCGCCAUAUCCGACCGUCUAUACUUCUAAAGGAGAAGCCGCUCCUGUACUAGCUCCGUCCGUCUCACACUCAGAUCAGAUAGCGGUAAAUUCUUCAACUGUGUAGCGUUACGUGGAUCUCCAGACUUACCCUGAAGAGGGCUCUCUGCUAUGUAUUCCUCAGCACUUGAAAUCAUUCACUGAUCAAGCCUUAAAACUUAAUGGUUUUUUAAACUGUAAGUAAAUUAUUGCACUUUGCUUUUCGUACGUCUAGCAAGAACCAUAACUUUAUCUAUACAGAUAUAUUCUCUGAUGAGUAGUAACUACUUUGUGUUUGAUAUAAGCAGGGUUAUGACAUGCUCACAGCUAUGAAAACUCCAUUAUCUUUUUAAAAAGUUUGUGCUUGUCCUCUUCUAUCUUGUGUUUUUUUUUAAUGAUACUUGUAACGUUUUUGCCUUGCUGGAAUCUUCCGGGGACCACUUGGUAUGAGGCUGCUUCAGCUUGAGAACCCUCCUGCUGUUCUGUUGUGGCCGACGCCGGAACAAACCAAGGUCAGCUACUGUAUCGCCAUGGUCAGAUCUGGCUGGACUCGCCACACAGUUACAUAACAACAACACAAGACCACUUUGUCCCACAUGCUCCGUGAGAUGCUGCGUGCAACUCGGAGCUCUGAUGAUGUGAUCGAUGGGCAUGCUCCAACAAAAAUGUUGUCCCUCCUCCCUCCUUUUGUUCCCUUCUUUGCUGGCACAAUAUUUGUAUAUGGAACGAUGCAAAUGAAUAGAGCAUUUUAUUUUAAAAUAUUACAAUCACAGUAUCAUUUUUCAAGAAUGAUUUGAAAUAAAGUGACCAAAAUAGUA